AUGGCUGGAAGCUCUUUAGAGGACGAUGAACAGCAGACUUUAGUGAAGCAGGUCAUUUCUACGGCCGCCACUCCGAUUCACAUUGCAACCUCGAGACCAGCAUUGAAAGCAUAUCUGAGCACUCUCCUCUUCCUCGCUGCUUCACUCAUACUACUCGCCAUAUCUACCACUGCCUACCUCCUCUUCUACUACAAUUUUAUCCCACAAGUCGACCUCAUUAAAGUCAUUCACCUUCAAUAUGCCGAUGGCCCCUUUCCGCAUUCCACAACAUAUCUGGCCUCUCCAUCCUCCACGUCGUCCGCUUUGACUUCCCUCCAGCCAUAUGACAUAACGAUCCACCUUCACCUACCUCGGACCCCUACCAACAUCGCAGCUGGUAACUUCAUGCUCGAUCUCUCCCUCCUUUCGCCGCCUUCAAUUUCAGAACAACCCAUAUCAGCCUCGUCAGUUUUAGGACCAAGCAACGCCACCACACUUCUAGCACGCUCUCGGCGUCCAGCAAUCCUCCCCUAUCAGUCUCGCAUAACCUCACUCACGAACACAUUUCUCUCCUUACCACUCCAUACCCUUUCCUUACGUGAUAUCGAUGCAGCAACGCUUUCGAUACCCAUGUUUGAAAAAGUCACCUUCGCGCGCGGAUGGCGAAAUAUACCUACGUCUGCAAGGUUAGAGAUACAGACGCAAGCACAUACUCAGGCUACGUUACUUGGUCAGCCAGCAGAUGUACAGCAGCAUGUUCCACUACAAGUCUACUCUGCAAGCAUUGAAUUUCAUGCCCGGUUCCGAGGACUGAGGUGGCUGAUGUACAAUUGGCGAAUAUUUUCCUUCCUGACCUUUACCAGUGCGUUCUACUCUACUGCGCUUAUCUCCACAGGUGUGGCUUGGGGGCUCAUCGCCCUUUUCUCACCUUCCUUAAUGUCCGGCAAGGAAGAUGCAGAUGAGCAAAAGAAGAUCAAGAAGGAAGCAGAUGUUGGGUCUGACUCGAAGGUUGUCAACGGACAUGCAAAACGGCCAAUCAAGAAUGAGCCAGCAGAUGAAGAUGAAAACGAGGGAGAUUCAAGUGAAGAAUCAGGACUAUCGCUCUCCAAUCUUUCGGAGACUGCAACCACUUUUCCCACGCUGUCUAGGCACAUGCCAAUCCGAUACCCAAUCCAGCAGUCACCAGCCCAAUCCGGCUUCUCGUCCGCAUCUGGCUCCACCUCCGGCGGUAACAGAAUCAAAACCGAAGAGCCGAGAAAUGACAUCGAGGCAACAAGGAUCGAAGCUACAACAGCGGGAGAAUUCGCCGAGGAUGAGGACGAGGAAGGGGAAGGGGAAGGGGAAGGGGAAUUUGAGGACAUCUCCAGGAGUCGAGAUCGAGACCUGGACCGGGACCGUGACUCGGGGAUCGGAACGAGUAUGGAAGAGAGCGCUAGGGAAGCUGUUGGGAGAUUACAGAGGAGAAGAAACGGCACGGGUACGGGUACAGGUAUGGGUUCGGGUGCGAAACGAUGA